GAGUGACCUAGCGCCUAAACGGAGAGAGAGAGUCAUUUCUCUUCAGUGAGUCCUGAGGCAGCAGCUGCGCGAGCUCAACGCAGACUCAUCGAUGAAUACUCCCUGAUCGAUCGCAUGGAUUUUUGACGUCACUGCUUAUCGGCUGUUCCUUUCUAUGGAUUUCGGCGUUUAACCGCUGUAGAUUUUCUUUUUCGUCGUGAGAUUUCCACAUUUGUCUGCUGAGGGUUCACCUACCGGGACAGCCAUGGGUUUCUACGGCACCUUGAAGCUCAUCUUCUACAAAAUGAAGAGGAAGUUGGAUCAUGGCCCAGAUGGGCGACCAUUCCCUUCAGGGAAGAAGCACUGCAAAGGCAGCGGGUACCUCAGUCCGUCCAGUUUGGUCCAGGCCACGCCCACCACAUUUGGCGACCUGCGGCUGGCCAAUGGGCAUUCGGCUCAGCGGCGGCGGGUCACCUUGGGCCCACCACCUUCUGGCCUGCAGGAAUGGCUUCACACCUUCCAGACGUGGAGCGGUCCUGAGAGGCUGUUGGCUCUGGACGAGCUGAUCGACAGGUGUGAGACCAGUCAGGUGAAGCACAUGAUGCAGGUCAUCGAGCCCCAGUUCCAGAGGGACUUCAUAUCCUUGUUGCCCAAAGAGUUGGCUCUGUACGUGCUGACCUUCCUGGCUCCCAGGGACCUGCUGCAGGCUGCUCAGACCUGCAGAUACUGGAGAAUCCUGGCUGAAGACAACCUGCUGUGGAGGGAGAAGUGCCGCGAGGAAGGUAUAUCUGAGUGCAUAUCACCUCGUCGCAGGAAGUGUGUGAGGCCAGGUGUGGCGGUCAGUCCGUGGAAAUCGGCCUACAUCAGACAGCACUGCAUCGAACACAACUGGAGGAAGGGAGACACACGGGAGCCCAUGGUAUUGAAAGGUCACGACGAUCAUGUGAUCACGUGUCUCCAGUUCAGUGGCGACCUGAUUGUCAGCGGCUCGGAUGACAACACACUCAAAGUGUGGUCAGCUGUCACCGGCAAGGUGGGCUGCUGUGUGUGUGUUGUCUGCGGUCAGACUGGCGGGGUUUGGUGCAGUCAGAUGGCGGUUGCCACGGUGAUCAGCGGCUCCACUGACAGGACGCUUCGUGUGUGGGACGCCGAGAGCGGAGAGUGUGUCCACACGCUGUAUGGGCACACCUCCACUGUGCGCUGCAUGCAUCUCCACGGCAACCGGGUGGUAUCCGGUUCUCGUGACACCACGCUGCGGGUGUGGGAUGUGACGACCGGCCGCUGUGAGCACGUGCUGACGGGCCACGUGGCGGCGGUGCGCUGUGUUCAAUACGACGGGCGCCGUGUGGUGUCAGGCGGCUAUGACUACAUGGUGAAGGUGUGGGAUCCCGAGACGGAGGUGUGCCUGCACACGCUGCAGGGACACACCAACAGAGUGUACUCGCUGCAGUUUGAUGGCGCCUUCGUGGUGAGCGGCUCGUUGGACACUUCAAUCAGAGUCUGGGACGCUGAGACAGGUGGGUGUGUCCACACGUUGACCGGCCACCAGUCGCUGACCAGCGGCAUGGAGCUACGUGACAACAUCCUGGUGUCCGGGAACGCCGACUCCACGGUCCGAGUGUGGGACAUCCGGACGGGACAGUGUCUCCAUACCCUGCAAGGUCCCAACAAGCACCAGUCAGCGGUGACGUGCCUGCAGUUCUGCAGAGGUCUGAUCCUGUCGAGCUCCGACGACGGGACGGUCAAACUGUGGGACCUGAGGACUGGAGCCUGGCUGAGGGACGUGGUGGCGCUGCAGAGCCGGGGAUCAGGUGGUGUGGUAUGGCGAAUCAGAGCGUCCGAGACUCGGCUGGUGGGCGCCGCCGGCAGCCGGAACGGGACGGAGGAGACCAAACUGCUGGUGCUGGAUUUUGACGUGGAUGACAAGAAAAAAGAGACGGACUGAGGAGGAACAAGGUUGUGUUUUGACCAAAGUCACGUCUGGAUCCAGCCUUUCCAUCAGGUAUGAAUGAAUGAAUGGAUCUGAUUGGCUGGCAAAGACAGGUGGACAAAAUAUCCAUUACAGCCUGGAAACCCAGUGUGGCUGACUGAUAAAAACAGGUUGAGGAAAAACUUUAAGGACGAGAUAAAAACAGCUGGAUAACCCACUACGACGACCUCGGCCUGCUGGGAGCUGUGGUGACGAAUGUUUGAUGCUCCGACGGACAAAAUCAUUUCUACCACGAGUGAAUGUUCGACAGACGGAUGUAUCUCAACUGAAACUGACUGAGGGAAGAGGUUUGGACGCAUUUUAAAAGAGAACAGUUUAUAGAUGGACAGAGGUUUAAGUGACGAUGGUUGAAUGGAGGUCGAAGACAUUAACUUUUAUUGC